CACCAGACUCGGGUGAGCCGGCUGGCGCAAGAGUCCGGCCGCCCUGCCCUGCCCUGCCCGCAGUUCCCUGCGCGGCGGCGCGAUGUGAGGCUCCCGGGACCUGAGCGUCGGCCGGGCUCCCCAGCUCCGCUAGCGCGGCGUCUCGCGCUCUAGGAACAUUCUGAAGACUGAAGACAGGUCAGGAAUCAGGCACCAACCCAUCUCAGUCUCCAGCACCCAGUGCAUUGCCUGGCUCACAGCGAGGAAACUGAGGCAGCUGGUGCUCCAUCUGCUUUCAGACCCUGCCUGCACACUUCUCGCCCUACACUGGGACCUGGGGUCUGGAAGUCCAGCAGGAACAAUGACUGAGGCCAGUGUCUCCCCAUGUCCCUCAGCAGAGGGCAGCAUGGCGGCCAAGCAGCCCCCUCCACUCAUGAAGAAGCACAGCCAGACUGACCUUGUGAGCCGCCUGAAGACCCGGAAGAUCCUGGGUGUGGGCGGGGAGGAUGACGACGGGGAAGUGCACCGCUCUAAGAUCAGCCAGGUCUUGGGCAAUGAGAUCAAGUUCGCUGUGCGGGAGCCCCUGGGGCUCAGGGUCUGGCAGUUUCUUUCUGCAGUGCUGUUCUCUGGUGUGGCCAUCUUGGCCCUUGCACUCCCGGACCAGUUGUAUGAUGCAGUCUUUGAUGGGGCUGAGGUCACCAGCAAGACUCCCAUCCGCCUCUACGGUGGCGCCCUCCUGAGCAUCUCUCUGAUCAUGUGGAAUGCGCUCUACACAGCUGAGAAGGUCAUCAUCCGCUGGACUCUGCUCACUGAGGCCUGCUACUUUGGGGUACAGUCUUUGGUAGUCACUGCCUCGCUUGCUGAGACAGGUCCCCUGUCCCUGGGGACCCUCCUGCUCCUGGCCAGCCGUCUCCUCUUUGUCGCCAUCAGCGUCUACUACUAUUACCAAGUCGGCCGGAAACCCAAGAAAGUGUAGCAGGCUGGAUCUGCCUGGGCCUCGACCUGGGCCAGGGUGGCUGGGGGCUUUAGUCCCUGUGGGCGCCAGGCAGGCAGGGUACACACACCUUCCUUCCCUCCCGGGCACUCCCUGGAGGCAGCUGGGACCUCCUGAGUUUCUAAGAGUGACAAGUCAGGUCUGGGCCUCUGUAUCCCAUCCUUUAUCCCACACAGGAAUGCCCCCUUGUCCUGGCUUUCUUGGCUUGCAGACCCUGACAGAUAUUGCUGGGAGUGGAGUGCUGGGGUAUGGGCUGAGUUCAGGCCAGCCUUUCUGCCAGGAGACCCCUAGCCUCAACCUAGCAGUGGGUCUUAGCGUCUCUAUCCAGAAACCUGAGAACUGAGGCUCCUCACGUGUGGGACCCUCAUACCACACAGACACACACACAGACACACACACACGCACACACAUUGUUUCCAUAGGCCACCACGAAAGCUAUUUUCAAGUGGGUGUCUCGCUUGGACUCUGGCUCCCACCCAGGGAUGCCCACCUGGACCCUCUCUUCGGUCUGCUGUAGGGCACUCUGGUACUAUAGCUGCCUGUACCCUGGGGUCCCAGAGUCCCUCCCCCACAGGCUAGGCUGAGAAGCCACAGACCCCUGACAGGUUGCUAGCUGGGUGUAGGCGCCCUGUGUGUGAGGGUUUUGAGGGGAAGCAGAGCAGGGGCAUUUUCUUCACAAGGUGUCUAAGGCUGAUGUCCACCUGGCUCAGUGCCUCUCCAAGAACCCUCCAGGAGCUGCUCAGAGGCCUCCUUUGUAGAACGUGCAGCCCCUCAAACAACAUGGGAAGCAAACAGAAGUGGCCUAGCUCCUCAGUACCCUGACAGUGGGCACCAAGACUGAAAAUACCCCGUGGUGUCACCAGUCUAUGUGGCCCCUCCUCUUGGUCCUGGCUCCCAGCAGCAUCCUUCCCCUUAGCAGCAACCACAUGAGGAGAGGUGGCUUGAAGCCCAGCUCCUUCCUGUCUGCAGUGGGAAGGUCCCAGGUGCCUGGGGACCCUUCCUCCAUCACAUCUGGGCUUACUGCUCUCCCUAGCAUCAGCUGACUCUAGUCAAAUGCUCCUGUGACAAUGGCCUGUGGCCAGCAGAGGGAGCUCGGCAGAGGUCUCAGUGGAGGGCAGGCCCAGUGGGAGCCUAGGUUGCUGCUGUAAAAGGGCCUGGCAGGGGUGGGGAGACUUGCUCUCUCAAGGAGGGCCCAGUUAUCUGCUGGGCUUCUGCCUCCUGCCACUGGCUUUGCACCCAUCCCUAGAGUUCCACUUCUUGCCUGCCGUGGAUUCCUGGGCAGAUAUAACUGCUGCCCGCUCUCAGCACAGCCUCAGCCACUAAGACCUACUGGCUCCAUUCUCAGCCCUGUGGGGAUAGAUCCUUCUGGAUCCUCUGUGAAUGCAGAUAAAGUCCCAAGGGAGGUAGUCAGGGAAGCAGAAAGCACUAGCUGUGCUCUGUGGGACAUUGCCAGUCUUCCUCUGAGCAAGAGGAGGUGGCAGACCUGCCCUGGAUGUGGUGGCCAGGUCAUGCUGGUUAAACUACAGUGAUACCUGUGCGUGGGGUAGGGCCAAGGUCAGACAAGGGCUGGCAAACCGACCUGUGGCCUGGGGAAGACAUUAAGGUUGGAAGGAGGCAGUGACUUAGACAGGAACUCCAUCCUGCAUCCGAGCUCGAGGUGCCCUGGCUGCCCCUCCCAGCUCCCCUAGUCAUGCUUCUGCCUUGGCCCUAGCCCUCAACCCCAUCAGCACCACCUCUAUCACGGUCACUAUUUAUUCUUCAUUCCUCUUCUUUUUGUAAGAAACAGUCACAAAAAACAGUGCAAAACAA